CCCUUUAUGUCCCAAAAUACAUAGACAAGCCUGUUGCUCUCAAACCCAUAUGGGACACUUGAGUGUCCAGGGGAACGGAAGUGAAAGACUCACCGGCAAAGAUUCAAAGAGGAUGGGACAAGAACCGGAACCUUUUGGAUGAUUUUCCAUUAGAUGAACGAAGACACAAGAUCAAGUUCGAAGGGAAAGAGAAGACGCAUGUUGAAAGAAGUCCAAGUUCCUUGACGGGACUUUAAUGAGCAGCUGGUAAGGGCGCCUUGCGAUUCCAUUUAAAGCAUCCAUGCUGGAUUAUUAGUCUGGACAUGCAAGGUAUCUGCUGAGAGUUUCCAUUGGGAAAGAAAAGACGUCAGUGAGAGAACUUUUUGUUUCUGGACUCGACCCUGGUACUUACUAGACUAGCCAUGGACCAAGGCGCAAAGGGUGCCGAAGAGAAAAUGGUCAGCAAGGCCUUGGUGGAAUUCAAUGCCACCUUGCAGGCGGCCGUGAGGGAGGUCCACAUAGACGUGAGCGCUUUCAAGCAGCGCAUGGAGCAGCGCAUCGAAGAGAUGAGCGCCUCCAGGGGGCCUCUUGCCGAGGCAGUGGGCAGGCUGCAGGAGGAGAACCUGCAGCUCCAUUCCAAGCUGGAGGCCCUCAGCCGCCUGGUCGAGUCUCUUGCUGGGGCGCAAAUUGACAGGAACUUCCCCAGCACCGUGUCGAAGGGCAAGAAUAAAGAGCAGGGUGCGCAGAACGGGCUUCUAGAGAUGCAGUCUCGGAACCAGGAAGGCCAGAGAUGCCCGGUGGGUCUGGCUACAUCCGGAUCCCUACCACCAUGGAAAACAAAGGAAAUUAACGGAAUGGGGGUCCAGGCAGAGAAGCACAUUUGCUCCGUGGAACACCAGAGCAGGAAGCAAGUCCAGGAGAAGUUUGACAGUCCGACUGAACAUCAUCUUCCCAUCACUGCAAUGACGAGAGUCAGCUCGGAAGCCUAUUCUGCCCAUUCUGCAGCUCCCGUGGCCAAAGCGACAACAGAAACCGCAAUGAAAUCAUUCAAAAAUAUCAGCGGUGUACCUGGAUGCAAGGACCUUGCAACCCAGGAUCAAUCGGCUUCUUUGGCACAUCUUCCCCUCGCAGAUGUGAGCAGAAGCAACCCCGACGCUUCUCCGGCACCUCAAUCUGUUCAGACUCAAUCUUUGCCAGAAUCCCACAACGUAAAACCAGGAGAGUAUCCAUUUCGACGCGAUGUCACCGAUACCAAGCCGCAAUCGGGUCUCUCGACCUCGGACAAAACCGUCGCCAUGUCAACACCAAUUGCUUCACCGGCAUCCCCUCUUAAACCCGGGGAAUACCCCUUUAAACGAGCUCCAGUUCUCAAGACGCCAAGUCCGAUUCUAAAAAGAAGUGUCAGCUUUCCUCAACCGGCAGAAAAGUUACUUCCUUCCAAAUCAGUCAUAAAACCAGGUUUCUCAUCUGGUUUUGAAAAGAACGCCAACUCCCCUCCUGCGGAGUGCAAGCAAGAGUCCAACACACUUCCUCGAGCUGGCGGAGCUCAGGCCAAACGUGCCCUCUUUGAGAGGAUGAACUCCGACCCCGUCAAGCCGAAGGAUUCCAAGCCCAAGCUGAAGCGCUCCCAGAGCUUUGGAGUUACCAGCGCCAGUGGUAUCAAACAUAUCCUGUUGGAGUGGUGCCGCUCGAAAACCGUCGGCUACCAGAACAUUGACAUCCAGAACUUCUCCUCGAGUUGGAGUGACGGCAUGGCCUUUUGCGCUCUGGUCCAUUCCUUCUUCCCGCUGGAGUUCGACUACAACACGCUAAAGCCCGCUAACCGAAAGCAAAACCUGCAGCUGGCAUUCUCAACGGCCGAAACCCAGGCCGACUGUCUCCGUCUGAUCGAGGUGGACGACAUGCUGGAGAUGGGCGACAAACCGGAUCCCAUGUGCGUUUUCACCUAUGUCCAGUCCCUCUAUAACCACCUGAAGACAUUCGAGUAACUAACUGUCACUCUGCAUCAGAGAAGAGUGCAAAAAUGCACAUUUUUGUUGUCAUAUAACCAGACUUUGAAGAAGAAUUGUGACGCGAGUGUUCGUGCUUCGUGUGUCUCUUAUGCUAUUGCGGUGUUUACAAAAGUGACUUUGGAGCUAAACCCCACGAUUUAAUAAUACAGUUGUCACAACUGCUGAUGUGGAUGUGCAAAAACUACGUGUGCAUGCUGCAGAAUAGCCUGAGAUGCAUUUUGCAAUGGGUCUGAAUAAAGACGUUUUUUAAUGUU